GAUGCAACUCAGUUUGUGUUGAAUAGAGGGAAAAUUGGGUUAACAACAUUUUACCAUCAACUCAUCAUAAUGUGCCCUGGACGAAGAUUUUUCGGAAAUGUUUGGAAUUCUAGUAUGUUUAAGGAUGUGAAAGGUGGAUUUGCAACCGUCACCAUGAAUUUCAUGGAGAGGUAUGCCGAGGUUGACCCUAAAUUUGUUGAAGAAUUUAAGGAAGAGCUGGGUGGAAUUUUGAGAUUAAAAGAUGAAUGUGGAAAUAGGCAUAUUGUGAAGUUCAACAAUUCAGUUACGACUCCUGACAUUUUUGAGGGUAUGACUGAACUCAGACAGUUUUAUGGGUUGACCGGAAGCCAUUUACUAUUAUUUGGCUACAAGGGUAACAACAAAUUCAGUCUCACCGUGUUCAAGAAAGAAGUUGAUGAAUUCAGUUUCCCCGCAUUCCAUAGUCAGAGUAGUAUGUUAUCGGACAAAGAAAAUGCUUACAUAUGUAUUAAGUUAUGUGUGAUGUUAUGAAAUUAACCCGUUAAUGUAAUUUUGACCCUAGUUUAUGGUGGAGUAAUGUUAUAUCUUUCGAAUUUUCGGUGAAACCAAAUGGGGUUGUUCUGUGGAAUUUAAAGAAAGGUUUGAAGUUUGAACUUGGGUGUGUGAUUGUAUCUUAGGUCAUAUAAUUGUCGUGUAAUGUGAUAGCGGAAUAAUUAGAGAGUCUUUCUCAUACUUCUUUAGAUC